AUGGAGACUGUUACCCAGCCAGAAAUGGUCGAAACGACUAGAAGAGGUGUACACAUGGCUCCUCCGCCGACGGACACACACCAGAUUAUCAGGCGGAUGAAUGCUGCCUACGAUUGGACUGGCCCUGACGACCCGGACAACCCUCGCAACUUUCCAGCCAUUGUGCGCAUCCUCAGCAUCGCCAGUAUCACUUCGCUUGCCUUUGCUAGCUGCUUCGCCGGUGCGAUCUACGCCCCUGCCCAAGAGGCUGUCCAACAAGAAUUCCAUCAGAGUCGGCUUGUGGCCGUCCUCCCGCUGUCAAUGUACAACCUUGGCAUGGCUUGUGGACCAAUCGUCGGGGCCCCUCUGUCAGAGACAUAUGGGCGGAAGACGGUGUUUGUGGCCACGACUCCAAUCUUUCUUCUUUUCAUGGUCGGGUCUGGGUUCUCCAAGAACGUGAUCAGCUUAAUUAUCUGCCGUUUCUUUGCUGGCGUGUUCGCCGCGCCAAACAUCAACAACGUCUCAGCUACCAUCCUGGACUAUUCCGAGCCUCGGUAUCGCGGAGCCAGCCUUGGUAUCUACUACUCUAUCCCAUCUCUCGGCUCGACUAUUGCUCCUCUGAUUGGUGGCUUCAUUGUAAGACCCAAAGGCUGGCGUUGGACGCAGUGGGUGGCUAUAAUGGCCACCGUUGCUCUCUACAUCCCGGUCCUCUUCACCAAAGAGACUUAUAAAAAGGUUGUCCUCCGCCGUCGAGCUAUCAGGAUGGGCCUCGGAGAUACUUCAUCUCAGCAAACUUCGGUCGCGAGGACAAUACGGCAUUUCUUCACCGUUCUCAUUUUAAGGCCUCUGCACAUGUUGUUUACAGAACCCAUCGUUACCCUCGUCAGCUUGUACAACGGCUUCAUCUUUGGGCUGCUGUAUACGUUUGUCACAUCUGUUCCCUGGAUUUUCCGACACUACUACGAUUUUGACGAAACCAGCGAAUCGCUUUCGUAUCUUGGCGUUACGCUUGGGACUUUUAUGGCCUGCGGCCCCUUUGUCCUGAUCGACUUUUCAUUCUACCAGAAACGCCUCACACGAUGGCAAAGAGCCCACGACGACACUGAACCCCUCGAUCCUAAGAACCGCCUGGUCCCUGCCAUGGUGGGCAGUCUCCUCCUUCCAACCAGUCUUUUCAUCGCCGGCUGGACAGCUCAAUAUCGCAUUCACUGGUUCACCCCCAUCUUCUUCCAAGGCAUGUCCAUGGUGGCCUCCCUGCUCAUCUACGCGGGUGUGAAUCUCUUCAUGCUGGACUCUUACGGUCCUCUCUAUGGCGCCUCGGCAAACGGUGCAAUGAUGCUCAGUAGGUACACUCUGGGCUUCGCAUUCCCACUGUUCGCGUUGCGCAUGUUUCAAGCACUAGGCGCGGGUUGGGCAACCACUGUAUUAGCUUCCUGUACAAUUCUGAUGGCACCUAUUCCUUGGUGCUUCUGGGUCUUUGGUGAGCAACUACGGAAGAGGAGCAAGUACGAAAGGAGCGCAUAG